CUAUUUUAGUUUAUACGAAAUUUUCCUAAACACCGUCGAGCUUAUACGUAACUUCAGAAAUUCUGGGGGGGGGGGGGGGGGGGGGGCGCCCCUCCUCGAGAGCAGCUGUAGCUCCGCCCCUGAUUACUACUGUUUUGCAUUAAUUCCAUGACGCACCGAUGGGUGGCCAUUCUGGGGCGCAACACACCCUAGCGCGGCUCGCGGGUCAUUUCUUUUUGCCCCAGAUGGCCAAGGCAGUUCGGGAGUAUGCCGCCGCCUGCGAUACAUGUCAACGGGUCAAGUCGGAGUCUCUGUCGCGUGGAAGGAUUGCUCAAGCCGCUUCUGGUUCUAUGCCAAGUAUUGGAGGAUAUCUCGAUGGAUUUCAUUGAAGGGUUGCCUGUGUCAGGAGGUCGGUCAGUUCUAUUGGUCGUGGUGGAUCGGUUGUGCAAAUAUGCUCAUUUCAUGGCGCUACUGCAUCCCUACACGACUCGAACGGUGGUGGAAGAAUUUAUCCAAGGGGUGGUACGACAUCAUGGUAUUCCGGGGCCAAUCGUAUGUAAUCGUGAUGCGAUCUUCACUAGUGCAUUUUGGAAUGAGUUCUUCCAACGGACGGGCACACAAAUUAAUAUGAGUACUGCUUAUCAUCUGCAGUCGGAUGGUCAAACGGAGGUGGUUAACAUGUGUGUUGAGAAAUAUCGUCGUUGUUUCGCUCAUCAACAACCUCGACUAUGGCACAUGUUCCUUCCUUGGGUGGAAUUAUGGUACAAUACAUCGUUCCAUCGUACCAUUGACAUGUCGCCAUACAAGGCAUUAUACGGGUGCGAGCCGCCGAGUAUCAUUCCCUAUCGGGAGGGUGAUAACAGAAUGGAGGCCGUUGAUCAGUUGUUGGGUCGUUGUGAUGAGGUUUUGCGCGCGUUGAAGGCGACUUUUGUGGCGGCUAAUGAGUAUACCCGCCUCCGUGCUAACUUGAAGCGCCGCGACUUGCAGUUUGAGGUAGGAGACUGGGUCCUAUUGCGCCUACAGCCAUAUCGCCAACACUCUUUCUUCCGCCGCGCCGCGCCUCGCAGAAGCUAGCUAAUCGGUAUUUUGGACCUUAUCAGGUGGAGGCUCGAGUGGGUAUGUAAAAUACGACGAAUGCGGAAAUAAUAGAAACACGAGACC